AUGCAAGCUGGACAUCCUGUUACCUUCAAUAUUUUAAAAGAACGGCUUAGAGCUACCGGUACCGGAAGCGGAAAGGAUAGUUCGACGGGAUCGAAUCCUUUCAUUCAAACCCCCCAUGGGAAUCCUUCGUUUGUCCCUCAAAAAGUUGGAAAGGCGACAGCGGAUGCUCGUACUCCGAAGCCUCCGAAAGCUCCCGAAAAACCUUUGAUGCCCUACAUGAGGUAUUCCCGUAAGGUUUGGGAUGCCGUCAAAGCACAAAAUCCGGAUCUCAAUUGUGGGAAAUUGUACGAGAAAGCUUUAAAAAAUUACCACAAUUCUCCGGCUUAUUUAAAUUACAUAGCUGCGAAGAAUAAAGCGAGUCAAUCCAGUGAUGAAAAUAGGGAAACGCACGAUAGGCCGAGCAAUAAAAAUGCGGAUCGUAGGAUCGACAUUCAACCCGCUGAAGACGAUGAUGAUCAAGAUGAUGGAUUCUCCGUGAAACACGUUGCUUAUGCGAGAUACCUUCGUAAUCAUCGUCUCAUAAACGAAAUAUUCAGCGAUGCCGUCGUACCCGACGUGCGAUCCGUGGUCACGACGACGAGGAUACAAGUUUUAAAAAAACAAGUUCAGUCUUUGACGAUGCAUCAGAAAAAAUUAGAAGCCGAACUACAGCAAAUCGAAGAAAAAUUCGAAGCCAAAAAGAGGAAAUUCAUUGAGAGUAGCGAACAUUUUCAAGAAGAGCUUAAAAAGCACUGUCACAGAGCGGUCGACGAAGAAAUGUUUGAAAAAAUGGUCGAAAGACAAUAUGAAUUGUUGAGACGGGAAAGAUUGGGUAAAGCUGCUGAGCCCAACAACGCUCCAGAAAUUAGUCCGACUCCAGUGGCGACUCCGACUUCUGCUCCCGAAGAUAAUGCCCAAGCUCAAAGCGGAGAGUUUGAUGUAUUACACGGUCACGUACUAAUAACGAUAAUUUUAGUAAAUAUAGUGUCAUUAUUGUUUCGUUGCACUGCAGCCACAUCUGGUGAUUCUGAAGAAAAACCUGCUUCGACUCAAAAUCCUCCUCCUCCUCCACCACCUCCUUCUGUUCUAUCGCAAUCUGGUCCGCCAAGUGCUAUUAAUUUUGGAGGAGCCCCGCAAUAUUCAUCGGGACAGCCUGGACACUUUAUUUCUCAGCCAAAUCCUCCGCAACAUCCAUUACCAUCUCAAAAUUAUCCCCCGAUGGCAGCUCAACAGCAUCAACCGCCUCCGUCUUCACAAUCUCCUCUGCAGCAACCACCACCGAUGCCUCCGGUAUCUCAACCGCAACCUUCUGCACAAGGGUAUUAUCCCUCUUACGGUCCGGAAGCUCAACCUCCGCCUCAUGGACCUUACGGAUAUCCGCAAUAUCCACCAUAUCCCCGACCGCAACUUUAUCCCCCAUCGGAACAUCCCCCUGCAGUGCCAAAUGCAACUCCUGCGACCGCCAACGAGGAACAUUCUAUGAUGACUCACGGUCAUCCGCCUCCUAAUUCGGCCGUCGUCGUUCCUUCGGGACCUUUCGCACAACCUCCUCCACCUCCGAUUUCUUCCGGACAGCAUCAGGCUCAGAGUGCUCCGACGCCGGUACAACACUCUCAACCGCCGACGCCGACGCCGCCGCCGACUUCAUCUUCUCAGUCUCAGCCUUUGCCGAUGCCAUCAUCUCAACCGCCGCCGAUGCAACAACCUCCUCCUCCUCCGCAGCAUCAACAUCAACAAUCGCAACAACAAUCCGUCACUCAAACUUCGAACGAGAAAGGAUCGGAUAAAUCGAGUGAAUGA